GAGAAUAAGUACGUAUCGUUUUGAGAAGUGUAGAACACCAGAAUCUCGUACACAUGAGCUCAUACAUAAUUAUACUACACCUUGGAUGGAAUGCAACUCUAGAACAUUGUAUACGUCAUGUUCAGCAACUGGAACAAUCAUAAUACUCCUGGCAAUCUUAACAAUUGGAUUACUGAAGUAUUUUUGGAGGGACAUAAGAUAUAUAAAAAUGGUGCGUAAAGCGAGAAAACGGGAGGGAUAUGUUCCAAUACAAGACAUUCAAAUACAAGAUGAUGCUUUUGUCAGCUACCAUAGUGACAAACGGUUGUGGGUUGAACGAGACUUGUGUAGGGAGUUGGAGAAUGGAGAUGAUAUUCAGUUCACUUUGAUGUAUGAUGAGAGGAUCAUGCCUGGUGGCUCCAUCUUUACAUCACUCGGCAAUGCAAUCAAUAGCUGUAGGAAGAUUCUAUUUGUGGUGAGUCGUGGAUGGGUUGCUGAUGCCAUGAACCAGUUUGAGGUAGAUAUGGCUCUAGAUAAGGUUCUAGAUGACCACAGGGACAUGAUCAUUGUGCUCCUCAUGGAACACAUUCCUAAAGCCGAAAUGUCAGAGAAACUGAGAAUGAUGGUGAACCACGACACCUGCCUAAGAUGGAGUGAUAAUGAGAGACUACAGGCAAAGUUUUGGCGGGACUUGAAACUUGAACUUGGAAAACAUCACUUUGAAAAUUCUUAAUAUAUAAUCAUGCAAUUGAUCAAAUGUACUAUUCACAGUACAGUACAAGAGGAUGAAAUAUCCCAUCAUGCUUCUUCAAGAGAUUCAGCCAGAUAUGAGGGGAUAUCAAUUUGAAUCAAAAACAUUUAUAUUCAGGGGAGGGUAUAAGUCAAUCUGAAUAUCUUGGGGACAUCAAAAUAUAGAUCUGGUCCCCAAAUGACUGUAAAGUUGUAAGAAAUGUGUAAUUUGUGUCAAAAUACUGACCUUCUCAGGCAUAUCUAGGAGAAGCUUGAUCUGAGUGGCAAUACCAAAAAACUCCCGCUCUUCAUUCUUUCUGGAAACAAAAGAACCAAUAUAUGAGAUUUAUUCCUUAUGACCAUAUACAUGUACA